AUGGGCCGGGAAGGGGAUAAAGAGGCAUUGAUGGGGAAGUUGUUGGGGGAAGAAGAAUGUGAUGAAAGUGUGAGCAUAAUGUCAAUAGUUGGUAUGGGUGGAAUAGGCAAAACCACUCUUGCCAAACUUUUAUACAAUGAUGAGAAAGUGAAGGAUCACUUUCAACUCAGAGCAUGGGUUUGCGUUGCUGAAGAGUUGGAUGUAUCUAACAUUAGCAAGGCUAUUUUCCAAGCAGUAACUGGGAAAAAUGAAGAUUUUGCUAAUCUUGAUCUGCUUCAUGUUGCCCUCAAAGAAAAACUUUCAAAGAAGAGGUUCUUACUUGUUUUAGACGAUGUCUGGAAUGAAGACUACAGUAAGUGGGAACUCCUCCAGAGCCCUCUUCUUGUAGGGGCACCUGGAAGUAGAGUUAUUGUCACAACCAGGAGUAUCAGGGUUGCAUCAGUGAUGGACUCAAAAGAAGUUUAUGAGCUGAACGUUUUGUCAAAUGAAGAUGCUCUAUCAUUGUUUGGUCAACACGGGUUAGCUGAAAAGAACUUUGACAAACAUCCAGCACUUAAGUUGCUUGGUGAAGGUAUGGUGAAAAAAUGUGGUAGAUUGCCUUUGGCUUUGAAAGCAGUUGGGAGGAUCUUGAAGGGAAAUAGGAAUGGUGAUGAGUGGGAGAAGUUGUUAAACAGUGAGAUAUGGGAUAUAGAGGAAGGAAGUGAUAUUCUUCCGGCUCUAAGACUAAGCUAUUAUCAUCUCCCUCCACAUUUGAAGCAGUUGUUUGCAUAUUGCUCCUUAUUUCCCAAGGACACUGAGUUUAAUAAAAAAUGA